GACAUCUAAUCACAGGAAUUUGUGGGAAGAAAAUUUUCUUGUUGUCGCUGGCCAGGUAUAUCUACUCACGUGGGUGUGUUUAUCAAUCAGGUGAUGUUUAGGUAAACACGGAAACAGGUCAACAUUGGUAGAAGCGGGUCACAUCCCGUAGGCAGGCUAUAAAAACCUGAGGUGACACCCAGUAAUGCAGAACUGUAGUGUUGCUUGAGCCUUGUUUAGUUGAUCGUCUGCUAGAUCUAAGUGUAAACCAGUGACCGUUGGACGCCUGCUAAGUGUGACCUUGUGUAGAAGUCUGCUGUAGUGACAGCGGUAUGAUGGCGUGUGGUAUUCAUCGUCUGCUGUGUGUGUUGGUGUCGGCGCAUCUUGCUUUGAGCGACAACGUUCUGAACAUUGACCCUACCGGUCAACUGGGACGUAUCUUUGAGGGAAUUGGUGGCAUCAGUGGUGGAGGGGCAACUUCCAAGCUGCUGGUCAACUACCCACCUGAUCUACAGAGUCAAAUUUUGGAUUACCUUUUCAAGCCAAACUUUGGGGCAUCUCUUCAUAUCUUGAAAGUUGAAAUUGGAGGAGACAUUCAAAGCACAGAUGGAUCCGAACCUUCCCACAUGCACUACAGCUGGGAUGAGAACUACCAAAGAGGCUACGAGUGGUGGCUGAUGACUGAAGCUAAGAAGAGAAACCCUGACAUCAAACUGUACGCCCUACCCUGGGGUUUCCCCGGCUGGAUAGGGGAGGGCAGCCAGAACCCCUACGUGAACCCCAACAAGACGUCAGAUUACAUCGUCAGGUGGAUCAAUGCAGCCAAAGUCUACUACAAUCUAACUAUUGAUUAUGUUGGGAUCUGGAAUGAAAGGGGUUACAGCAAGGACUACAUUAAAACUCUGAGAAAGACUCUGGACACAUGGGGCUUCAACAAGUGUUUGAUCAUCGCAUCUGACAACGGCUGGGACAUUGUCCACGACAUGAAGAGUGACAAGGAGCUGGAUGCUGCUGUACAUGCUGUUGGGUGCCACUACCCAGGUACGUGGGCCUCACAAGAAGCCUAUGAUUCUGGCAGGUUGCUGUGGGCGUCAGAAGAUUACAGCACGUACAAUGAUGCUGUAGGUGCUGGGUGCUGGUCUAGGAUAUUGAAUCAAAAUUAUGUCAAUGGCUUAAUGACCUCCACCAUAGCCUGGGACCUGAUAGCCAGCUACUAUGAGGGUCUGCCCUACUUUAGAGAUGGCCUGAUGUCCGCCUACCAGCCCUGGUCAGGAAAGUACACAGUGGAACUCCCCAUCUGGGCGACAGCUCACACAACCCAAUUUGUCAACAUUGGAUGGAAAUAUCUGGGCCACAAAAAUGGAGUUGGCCAUUUGCCUCAUGGUGGAUCCUAUGUCAGUCUAAUGAGUCCAGACCAAAAUGAUCUGACAAUUAUCUUUGAGACCAUUUCACAUGACCACUCCUACUGCAUCAGACCUGGCCUACCCUGGUAUUCUGUUGAUCCCCAAGAUGUCACCAUCACCCUCAAGGGUCAAUUUGCAAACAUCACCCAGAUGAAUGUGUGGUUCAGUCGCUAUGACUUCUCCAAACAAAACCACAGCAUGUUCAACAAACUGGAACCUCUGAAGUUUGUUAAUGGCUCCGCCAAGCUGCAUCUGGACCCAGACGUCAUGUUUACACUGACCACCAUGAACACUGGUGUCAAGGGAGCUUACCCUGAUUCACCACCUGCCAAGCCAUUCCCAGUUCCUUAUUCUGACGAUUUUGAAAGCUACUCCCUGUACCAGGAGCCAUAUGACCUUGCCCCACAAAGUGGAUCCUUUGAAGUUCUGUCUGAAGGCAACAACAAGUUCAUCCGACAAAUGGUGACCCAAUACCCGGUCUUGUGGUGUAAUGUGGAUCAGAUUAAAAGACCCAACGCUUUGAUUGGAAAUGUGUCUUGGACGGACUACUUGGUGGAGGUAGACUACAGGAUCCCAGCUGUGAAUGGUACAACAGGUGCCAUGGUGGCCACCAGGAUCGACACAGGUGGAUGUGACAUGGGAGACGGACAUGGCCUCUUCUUUAUCGUCAGACAAGACGGGUCUUUCAUUUUGUCAACUGACAUCAAAACCCAUAACGUGAUUUAUCGUGGAAAUGUAACGGUUCAACCUGGAUGGCAUAAACUCUCCAUUUUUGUUCAGGGCCACAUAGUGCUGGGGGCAUUUGACCAAAAAGGUUUGUUCAAUACAACAUACAGUGGUAAUCCUAACCACGGCUUUGCUGGCAUUGGAACUGACAGCUACGGUUUGGCUGACUUCGACAAUUUCUACAUUGGUACAAAGGAAGAAGGCAUUGCCAAAAUGAGAGAAUAUUUCAAAAUACAUAAGCCUAGGCCUUUAUUGUUUGUCAAAACAUUUCAGAUGAACUAAAUAUUUUGUACACAUUGAUAUUGCUCAGAGUAUUAUAUUCUAACCUUUUUUCUUUCAAUUUUCAUUCAAAUUUUAAUAUAAUGUAGUUGAAUAUGAAUAUUUUUUACUGCUGGUAUAUGACUGCCACAUGCACAACUUUUUCUGAUUGCCAGCUCUGUUUAAAUUUCUGUCUCAUUUUGUCAUGUCACUUGUCAUUGUCACCUGUCAUUGUUCUAGUCACAGCAGUUGGUUAUUGUCAAAAUAUUUUUAGAUCUUUCUAAAAUUGUUCAAGUUAAAUAAAUAUAAAUGUUUA